UCUCUUACAUCUCAUCAAUGGCGAUGGUAGGUAUCCACCAUUUCUGACAUAGAUUCACUCACCUUUCAAGCUCAAUCACACCACCACCACCACCUGCUGCUGCUAUUUUGCUGAAAAAAACAAGCUAAAAAAUGGCGUAGUAGAUUCGAAUGGGCGGGACUUCAAAUGAUUCAUCUUCUUCUUCGUCUUCUAUGUCGCCUCUUUCAUCUCCUUCUUCGAUCGUCUAUGUCGAUUUGUACGGGAAACGACGUCAAAUUGCUAAAGUUCAGGUGCUCGAGAGAGAGAUUGGAUUGAUUCAGGAAGAGAUAAAAUCACUUGGAGAGGUAGAACUUGCAUCAAGAUGCUGCAAAGAAAUUGAUGAAUAUGUAGAGGUGACGCCGGAUCCGCUAAUAGCACUCAGAAAUCAGAUUCGUAAUCGAUCCAGAAACUUCUGGAAGAAUCUUCGGAGAAAGAUUGGUUCUAUGUUGUGUUGUUGUGGUUGUUGCAAGACAACAACAAUCUGUUGUUCAUGCCGCUCGGCGGCAGACGGUGGAUGUUGUUGCUGCUCGGGUCACCAAGAGAAAACACGUACCCCGGAACGUUGCAAUUGUCCCAGGAUUUCAUGCCACUGCAGUUGCAAACCGUCAUGUCCAAAAUGUUCGGUUUGUUGUUGUAAACCAUGCUCAUGCUUUUAAGUGUAUGAUGAAUGUAUCGAUAGCACCCAGAUACAUGUAAUGGGUUAUUAUGAGUAGGGGUUUGAACGAUUCCAGUUUGUAACUAGCUACUCGAGGUCGAGCUCAAGUCGUUCUCGAACACAAAACAAGACUCGUUUAAAUUU